AUGGUUAGGAAGCUGUCAACUCACGACUACGAGGAUGGUGCUAAAACAAGCGGGAAAACGGGCGGCGAAGGGCUUGAAAUGUCUGAAAUGUCGGGCGAAACGAACUGGCAGGACAACAGUGACGGUAUAAGUGAUCCAGAAUUGCGCAGCUACCAGGACUCAGAGCUGCACGGCCUUGUUCAGGAGGGUCAAGUUAAGCGGGCACUCAAAUCGCGCCAUAUCUCGAUGAUUGCGCUCGGUGGAACCAUCGGAACCGGUCUUUUUGUCGGUAUUGCCGCUCCACUGUCAUAUUCAGGGCCUGUUGGUGCACUAAUUGCCUACAUUUUCGUGGGAAGUUUUGUGUACUUUGUGACCCAAUCGCUGGGUGAAAUGGCUACCUUUAUCCCUGUAACGUCGUCCAUUACCGUGUUUUCUUCCAGGUUUUUGUCUCCAGCGUUUGGGUUUGCCAACGGGUACAUGUACUGGUUCAACUGGGCAAUCACAUACGCCGUUGAACUUUCAGUCAUCGGACAAGUCAUCCAGUAUUGGACGGACUCAGUCCCGCUAGCUGCUUGGAUUGCCAUAUUUUGGGUCCUAAUUACGUUGGCUAAUUUCUUCCCUGUGCACUUUUAUGGUGAAGUCGAGUUUUGGGUCGCAGCUCUCAAGGUAAUCGCUAUUGUCGGCUACAUGCUCUACGCCCUCAUCAUUGUUUGCGGGGGUUCCAAACAGGGACCUAUCGGGUUCCGCUACUGGCGUAACCCUGGUCCUUGGGGUGAUGGUAUCAUUUCCAAAAACAAGGCCGAAGGUAGAUUCCUUGGCUGGGUGGCCUCUUUGAUCAAUGCCUCAUUCACGUAUCAAGGUACCGAACUAGUUGGUAUUACCGCUGGUGAAGCCGCUAACCCCAGAAAAACUGUACCAAGGGCCAUCAACAAGGUUUUUUUCAGGAUCUUGUUUUUCUACAUCCUGUCGUUGUUCUUCGUCGGUCUCCUCGUACCCUUCAAUGACAAGAGCUUAAGUCAGGAUUCGGCAUCCUCAGUUAUUGCUUCUUCGCCCUUUGUCAUUUCCAUCAAACAUGCUGGCACAAAGGUGCUUCCAGACAUUUUCAACGCUGUUGUCUUGGUCACCAUUAUUUCUGCGGCCAACUCAAACGUUUAUGUGGGAUCCCGUAUUCUAUACUCGCUUGGACACAGCGGUAUUGCUCCCAAACACUUCACCUACCUUACCAAGCAAGGUGUUCCCUACUUGGGGGUUAUCGGUACUGCUCUACUAGGGUUGCUGGCAUUCCUUGCUACCAACGACAAUGCCAAUGAGGGUUUCAACUGGCUGAUCAACAUUUCGACCCUUGCGGGACUAUGCGCCUGGUUCUUUAUCUCUUUCUCUCAUAUCAGAUUCAUGCAAUGUUUGAAGCAUCGCGGUAUAUCGCGGGACGACCUACCUUUCAAGUCCAAAUUUAUGCCAUGGGGCGCUUACUACGCAGCCUUUUGGGUCGCCGUCGUCAUCUUCGUGCAAGGUUUUCAAGCCUUCUCGCCCAAGACCACUGCCUCUGGGUUUUUCACCAGUUAUAUCUCCCUUAUCCUACUGGUGGUGGUGUUCAUUGGUGCUCAGAUCUACUACAGAUGCCGAUUUUUGACUCGCGUCGAAGAUAUCGAUAUCGAUUCCGACAGAAGAGAAAUUGACGCCCUGAUAUGGGAAGAAGAAGAACCUACCACGCUAUGGGGUAAGUUUUGGACUGCCGUGGCUUGA